AUGCUAAACUGGAUAAAAGCAUUCAUUGGACAAAGAUCGUGUAAAGUCAGAUAUGGAAAUGCUCUAUCAAAAUCCAAUCUUUUGCAAACAGGCCUCCCACAGGGAGCUCUCACAAGCUGCACUCUUUUCAAUGUCUUCAUCAAUGACAUAGCCGAAUUAGUACAGACAGUCACGGGCAUCAAGUGCUUACUUUACGCAGAUGAUCUGGUACUAUGGUAUUCCGCUUCUAAGGAAAACGCUAAGGAGAGGACGGAAAGCGCCCUAAAUUGUGGACUUAAACUACUAGCAAACUGGUGCGACAACAAUGGAAUGGUAAUUAACACCGCAAAAACUGCAUUCCAAACAUACCCGACUGGCCAAGAAGCGAAGCCGUUGCUGAGUUUAGAUUACGUACCGGACACGAUUGCUUGGCAAAACACCUUCACAGAUUGGGAGUUUACACUCGACCCACGUGCCCUCUAUGUAACCUACAGGGGGAAACGGAGAAGACCCACCAGAUUCGGUGUCCAGCCCUAA